UAAUAAUUAAUUGUGCACUCCUUUUUUCGCCAUGAACCGUUGUCGAUUGUGUCUAGCGUAUCGCGAAGCUACUGUUUCCAUUGAUCAAGAUCCCUUUCGCGAAAAGCUAAAAGUGGUUUUUCAACUUCAGUUCGAUGCAAAUGACAAAUUACCGACGGCAGUGUGUACCGAAUGCUGCGAAAAAGUUGACAAUUUUUAUGAUUACACGCAACAAGUAUGUAAAGCACAAGAGCAACUAAGCAGUGAAGAGGAGGAAAAGAAUUUUGACUUCGUAGAAAUCAAGGCGGAACACAGAUUGGAAGAUGAGCCUAUCAUUGAAACUGAUCAGUUGAGUCCAAAAGUGAUCGCUUCCAUGGAAAGUGCACAGGAAGUUGACCAUCUAGAGGAGCAAGAAAUGGUCGAAGCGUUGGAUACUGAGCCGGAAGAAAACGAUGAUUCCUUGGACGAUGACGUUGCAGAGGGUCUUGAAAUAGAAGUAGUUUUUUCCGACCGCGAUGAAGGGAACACAGAAAAGGAACUGCUGAAGGAAACGUCCACCCAGCUGAUGGAGGAAAACAACCGCAUAAAGGAGUUUUUUUCGAUGACCUGCGAACUUUGUUCAGUGGAACUCGACACGUUCUAUCAGCUUCAAAAGCACUUUCGCAAAGCACACAACGAGCGGGGAUUUAUCCGAUGCUGCAAUGAAAAGUUCUAUCGACGAUUCAAGCUGCUCGACCACAUAUCGUUCCACGUAACUCCGGAUGCUUAUCGGUGUGAGCUUUGUCAGAGAAGCUACAAAAAUCGCUACACUCUGCAGCAGCACCUACACCGACGCCAUUCCGGACCGAAACACAGACCAUACAAAUGCGAUAAAUGCCAUCAAUCUUAUGAGAAAAGUUAUCAACUCCGGGCACAUGCCAAGCGGCACAUUCUGGCACCCUGCCAGCUUUGUGACAAGGUAAUGUCGAGCAAUCAAGCCCUCCGUGCCCACAUCGAUAAUAUUCACCGUGCCGAUAAGAAGCUAAUCUGUGAUACUUGCGGAGAGCAGUUUCGAACCAAACCAGCACUCGACCGCCAUGUCCGUAAACAUCUUGGCCUGGAGCUGGUAGAGAAACGCCAAUGUCCCCAGUGCGGGGUGUGGGUCAAUGGGGCAAGGGGCUUGAAAAUGCACACUCGCAACGUACACCCGGGCAAGGACGAGGUGUUUGAGUGCGACAUUUGCCAUCAGCGGUGCAAAAAUGCGACCACACUCUACCAACACCGGAAGGGGGUGCACGCGUCGGAUCAGUAUGAGUGCGAAUUUUGCGGCAAACGGUUUAAACGCAAAAUUUAUCUCAAAGAGCACCGUGCGUCCCACGUCGGACAAUCGCUGUACUCGUGCGAUGUAUGCGGGCUGAAGAUGAACUCCAACGGGAAUAUGUACGCCCACAAGAAAAGUCAACACCCGGAGGAAUGGCGAGAGGCUCAACGGAGAAAGCAAGAAGCCGCUGCCGAAGAGGCCCGCAAGUCGAUUGCGGCGUUAGCCGCUCAGAAAGCACUGGGAGCAUUGAGCACAGAACGUAUUUAG